UGUGUGUAGAUGGCAGGGGGGCAGCUGUCCAGGGAAGAAGCGCUUCAGGUCCCAGGCUGCAGGCAUGCCUGUCACAUCCUGCUCUACGCCGACACCCACGCUCAGCUGUUUGGAAGCACCCCCAUCAGACACAUCAUACUGAUGCAGAUGCGUUUUGAUGGUCUGCUGGGUUUUCCAGGCGGAUUUGUUAAUCCCUCAGAAGAAGGUCUGGAGGCUGGGCUUAGCAGGGAAUUGUGGGAGGAGCUAGGAGUGGAACUUCCUGUGUCUGUCAAAGAUCACAUGACCUCCUGCCACGCCCCCUCUUCCAACUCCUCCCACCUCAUCACUCACUUCUAUGCCCAGAAGAUGGGCGAGGCUCAGAUCAGGGAUGUAGAGAGAGCGGCUGCUACCACGGCAACAGACCACGGCCAGGAGGUACCAUGUGAUGGGAUGGUCAGAGUCCCCCUCUACACGCUAAAGGGAGGAGGAGGUCUUCCCUCCUUCCUGUCACACUCGUUUGUGGGGAACUCUCGCUCCCAGCUGCUGGAGGCUGUGCUGCGUCUCGGUCUCGUUGGGCCGGAGGAUCUGAGCUCGGCGCUCGCUCUCUCUCUCUCCGUACACACACACUCUCUUUCCAUACACACACACUCCUCCGAGCACCUGCAGUCUGCCCUCAGCCUGCCAGAGUAGGGGAGGAAGCAGUCCUGAUUCUCACACUCUCACACACACACUCACUCACACACACACACUCACACCCACACUCACACACACCCACUCACACAAUCUGUCACACACACACAAGAACACAUAGGUUUGCAUGUAGGCAUGCGCACACACACACACACACACACACGUGACUCAUCUUGGUCAGAGCUCCCUCCAGUGAAUCUGGUUUCUGGAAGAUGUUGUUGUGGAGAUGAAAUAAAGGAUAUUUGGUUUGAA